ACCGAAGAUGGUUUAGGGCUCCGGCAGGGGUACCCUAGAGCUCCCUGUCCCAUCCCUAACUCUCACACCCCAGAAAAACUUUACCGAAGCUAAAAAAGUUGGCGACAUUUUCCUUUUACUAGCCUGAAGGGGAGAUGUGGGUGGGCUGUGGAACGCGUGGGCGAGGAGGGGUGUAGCCCCAUUUCCUUGGAGGCUCUUCGGCAGCUGGGCAGUGGGGCAGAAAGAUGACUGAGUAGGCAAGUUUGGGGGAGUCUCUAGUGUUUGGGGGAUCAUUUGCAAACUUCCCUCCUUCCCCUGGGUGAGUCAUAGAGGGAAGGAGGCGGGAGAAUUGUCCCCCCAUCCAGCUGCCAGCCAGCUGUGCCCCCCGCCCCCCAACAUUAGUUCCAAGGUCGAGUUGGGAGGUCUUGGAUGCGGGAUCCGCAUCUCGGUUGGAAAAGGAGAAGUUAGGAAGGGUACAGCCCAGGCUGCCGGGCCGGGCUGGGUCGCGGGGUCCGGGUUCCGCUCCCCAUCUCACCCCGCCCUCACCCUAAAUCCCAGCAUCCCGGGAUCACCCACCGCGCCGGCCGGCCCGGCCCGCUCCCGGUGGUUCUCCACCCCAUCCCGCCCCACCCCACCCUCAUUCCCGGGAGACCGGAAAACCCGGGAUGGAGUAAAAACAGGAAUUUGAAAAGAAAAACGGACAGCAGCACCUUCUUCCUCGCUACGCUUUUAUAACGAUCACAUUGUUUUUUUCAUUCUCUCAGAGUCUCCGCUCGUACUUCCUUUCCUGUUCCCCCAAAACAGAGACCAAAAAGAUUAGGUGGGCCCGAUUUAAACUACCCCAGAAUAACACCAGCUUUCACCUUUGUGCCCAACAGACCCAGAAGACUCCCCUCAGGAACCUUACCUCCUCCUCCACACUGUUUUCUGUCUAAGAGGGCAGAUGGCUUGUGCUCCCUCCUGGCCCCAACUGGCUCUGUGUCGGGACUGUGGCUAGGGCUCCCUCUGCUGGACACUGCAGAGAUUGUACACGGGCUGUCCCUGGGGAGGGGCACGAGAAGGAAGGGGGAACGGGCUCUAGCAGAGCCGCCCAGUGCUUGAAGUCAGAUCCAUCACACGAGUUCUCCCAUCCCACCCCCAAAGCCGGCCCAGGGUUAGAGCAAGAAGAAUUAGAGGGUCCAUGCUACUAAAAUCACUUGAAGUUAAUAUAGGCACAAUUAGUCCAAAACAUGCCCUCUACACACAGACCACACAGGCAAAGCUCCCACCCAGUUCCCAAGAAGAUCCCCAGAGUACACAGACUACAAGACUGCCUCUGCCUCUCUGGGACAUCAUUUCCCCUUACCCCUUCCCUCACUCAGCGAGUGAUGCUUUUUUUGUUUUGAGACGGAGUCUCGCUCUGUCACCCAGGCUGGAGUGCAGUGGCACCAUCUCGGCUCACUGAAACCUCCGCCUCCCAGGUUCAAGAGAUUCUUCUGCCUCAGCCUUCCGAGUAGCUGGGAUUACAGGCACCCGCCAUCAUGACUGGCUAAUUUUUGUUUUUUUGUAGAGAUGGGGAUUUCACCAUGUUGGCCAGGCUGGUCUUCAACUGACCUCAGGUGAUCCUCCCGCCUCAGCCUCUCAAAGUGUUGGGAUUACAUGCGUGAGCCACUGUGCCCGGCCCAGUGAUGCUCUUUUCAACUCGAAUUCCGUGGCAGAUGUCUUAGAGGGGCAGGGGACACCAGGGAUGUUCUGCCCAGGAUUCUGUGCCUGAGACUGCUGUCUGACAGUCUCUACUUCCUCCACCUUUAUAACUACCUUCCCUUUCUGCAGUGUCCCCACACCCUCCUCUGAGACGCCAUGUUCAACUCGAUGACCCCACCACCAGUCAGUAGCUAUGGCGAGCCCUGCUGUCUCCGGCCCCUCCCCAGUCAGGGGGCCCCCAAUGUGGGGACAGAAGGACUGUCUGGCCCACCCUUCUGCCACCAAGCUAACCUCAUGUCCGGCCCCCACAGUUAUGGGCCAGCCAGAGAGACCAACAGCUGCACCGAGGGCCCACUCUUUUCUUCUCCCCGGAGUGCAGUCAAGUUGACCAAGAAGCGGGCACUGUCCAUCUCACCUCUGUCGGAUGCCAGCCUGGACCUGCAGACGGUUAUCCGCACCUCACCCAGCUCCCUCGUAGCUUUCAUCAACUCGCGAUGCACAUCUCCAGGAGGCUCCUACGGUCAUCUCUCCAUUGGCACCAUGAGCCCAUCUCUGGGAUUCCCAGCCCAGAUGAAUCACCAAAAAGGGCCCUCGCCUUCCUUUGGGGUCCAGCCUUGUGGUCCCCAUGACUCUGCCCGGGGUGGGAUGAUCCCACAUCCUCAGUCCCGGGGACCCUUCCCAACUUGCCAGCUGAAGUCUGAGCUGGACAUGCUGGUUGGCAAGUGCCUGGAGGAACCCUUGGAAGGUGAUAUGUCCAGCCCCAACUCCACAGGCAUACAGGAUCCCCUGUUGGGGAUGCUGGAUGGGCGGGAGGACCUUGAGAGAGAGGAGAAGCGUGAGCCUGAAUCUGUGUAUGAAACUGACUGCCGUUGGGAUGGCUGCAGCCAGGAAUUUGACUCCCAAGAGCAGCUGGUGCACCACAUCAACAGCGAGCACAUCCACGGGGAGCGGAAGGAGUUCGUGUGCCACUGGGGGGGCUGCUCCAGGGAGCUGAGGCCCUUCAAAGCCCAGUACAUGCUGGUGGUUCACAUGCGCAGACACACUGGCGAGAAGCCACACAAGUGCACGUUUGAAGGGUGCCGGAAGUCAUACUCACGCCUCGAAAACCUGAAGACACACCUGCGGUCACACACGGGUGAGAAGCCAUACAUGUGUGAGCACGAGGGCUGCAGUAAAGCCUUCAGCAAUGCCAGUGACCGAGCCAAGCACCAGAAUCGGACCCAUUCCAAUGAGAAGCCGUAUGUGUGUAAGCUCCCUGGCUGCACCAAACGCUAUACAGAUCCUAGCUCGCUGCGAAAACAUGUCAAGACAGUGCAUGGUCCUGACGCCCAUGUGACCAAACGGCACCGUGGGGAUGGCCCCCUGCCUCGGGCACCAUCCAUUUCUACAGUGGAGCCCAAGAGGGAGCGGGAAGGAGGUCCCAUCAGGGAGGAAAGCAGACUGACUGUGCCAGAGGGUGCCAUGAAGCCACAGCCAAGCCCUGGGGCCCAGUCAUCCUGCAGCAGUGACCACUCCCCGGCAGGGAGUGCAGCCAAUACAGACAGUGGCGUGGAAAUGACUGGCAAUGUGGGGGGCAGCACUGAAGACCUCUCCAGCUUGGACGAGGGACCUUGCAUUGCUGGCACUGGUCUGUCCACUCUUCGCCGCCUUGAGAACCUCAGGCUGGACCAGCUACAUCAACUCCGGCCAGUAGGGACCCGGGGUCUCAAACUGCCCAGCUUGUCCCACACCGGUACCACUGUGUCCCGCCGCGUGGGCCCCCCAGUCUCUCUUGACCGCCGCAGCAGCAGCUCCAGCAGCAUCAGCUCUGCCUAUACUGUCAGCCGCCGCUCCUCCCUGGCCUCUCCUUUCCCCCCUGGCUCCCCACCAGAGAAUGGAGCAUCCUCCCUGCCUGGCCUUAUGCCUGCCCAGCACUACCUGCUUCGGGCAAGAUAUGCUUCAGCCAGAGGGGGUGGUACUUCACCCACUGCAGCAUCCAGCCUGGAUCGGAUAGGGGGUCUUCCCAUGCCUCCUUGGAGAAGCCGAGCCGAGUAUCCAGGAUACAACCCCAAUGCAGGGGUCACCCGGAGGGCCAGUGACCCAGCCCGGGCUGCUGACCGUCCUGCUCCAGCUAGAGUCCAGAGGUUCAAGAGCCUGGGCUGUGUUCAUACCCCACCCACUGUGGCAGGGGGAGGACAGAACUUUGAUCCUUACCUCCCAACCUCUGUCUACUCACCACAGCCCCCCAGCAUCACUGAGAAUGCUGCCAUGGAUGCUAGAGGGCUACAGGAAGAGCCAGAAGUUGGGACCUCCAUGGUGGGCAGUGGUCUGAACCCCUAUAUGGACUUCCCACCUACUGAUACUCUGGGAUAUGGGGGACCUGAAGGGGCAGCAGCUGAGCCUUAUGGAGCGAGGGGUCCAGGCUCUCUGCCUCUUGGGCCUGGUCCACCCACCAACUAUGGCCCCAACCCCUGUCCCCAGCAGGCCUCAUAUCCUGACCCCACCCAAGAAACAUGGGGUGAGUUCCCUUCCCACUCUGGGCUGUACCCAGGCCCCAAGGCUCUAGGUGGAACCUACAGCCAGUGUCCUCGACUUGAACAUUAUGGACAAGUGCAAGUCAAGCCAGAACAGGGGUGCCCAGUGGGGUCUGACUCCACAGGACUGGCACCCUGCCUCAAUGCCCACCCCAGUGAGGGGCCCCCACAUCCACAGCCUCUCUUUUCCCAUUACCCCCAGCCCCCUCCUCCCCAAUAUCUCCAGUCAGGCCCCUAUACCCAGCCACCCCCUGAUUAUCUUCCUUCAGAACCCAGGCCUUGCCUGGACUUUGAUUCCCCCACCCAUUCCACAGGGCAGCUCAAGGCUCAGCUUGUAUGUAAUUAUGUUCAAUCUCAACAGGAGCUACUGUGGGAGGGUGGGGGCAGGGAAGAUGCCCCAGCCCAGGAACCUUCCUACCAGAGUCCCAAGUUUCUGGAGGGUUCCCAGGUUAGCCCAAGCCGUGCUAAAGCUCCAGUGACCACAUAUGGACCUGCCUUUGGACCCAACUUGCCCAAUCACAAGUCAGGCUCCUAUCCUACCCCUUCACCAUGCCAUGAAAAUUUUGUAGUGGGGGCAAAUAGGGCUUCACAUAGGGCAGCAGCACCACCUCGACUUCUGCCCCCAUUGCCCACUUGCUAUGGGCCUCUCAAAGUGGGAGGCACAAACCCCAGCUGUGGUCAUCCUGAGGUGGGCAGGCUAGGAGGGGGUCCUGCCUUGUACCCUCCUCCCGAAGGACAGGUAUGUAACCCCCUGGACUCUCUUGAUCUUGACAACACUCAGCUGGACUUUGUGGCUAUUCUGGAUGAGGCCCAGGGGCUGAGUCCUCCUCCUUCCCAUGAUCAGGGGGGCAGCUCUGGACAUACCCCACCUCCCUCUGGGCCCCCCAACAUGGCUGUGGGCAACAUGAGUGUCUUACUGAGAUCCCUACCUGGGGAAACACAAUUCCUCAACUCUAGUGCCUAAAGAGUAGGGAAUCUCAUCCAUCACAGAUCACAUUUCCUAAGGGGUUUCUAUCCUUCCAGAAAAAUUGGGGGAGCUGCAGUCCCCUGCACAAGAUGCCCCAGGGAUGGGAG